AGGAGCCCGGUGGUUGUGUGAUCCGCGGGAGAGUGCCCGGUGGAGAUCCGCGGGAGUACGCCCGGUGGAGGGACUAUGGAGGCCGUCAUAAAGGUGAUUUCGUCCGCGUGUAAGACCUACUGCGGGAAAACUUCUCCUUCUAAGAAGGAAAUAGGGGCAAUGUUGUCCCUUUUACAAAAGGAGGGACUGCUUACAUCUCCCUCAGAUUUGUAUUCCCCGGGGUCCUGGGAUCCCAUCACCGCAGCGCUUUCCCAGCGGGCGAUGGUACUCGGGAAGUCAGGAGAAUUGAAAACCUGGGGACUGGUUUUGGGGGCGUUGAAGGCGGCGCGGGAGGAACAGGUUACAUCUGAACAGGCGAAGUUUUGGUUGGGCUUGGGGGGAGGGAAGGUCUCUCCCACAUGUCCCACAGGAAAGCCAACUACUGAGCCUCAGGUCGAUGAGGAGAAAGGGAAAAUGGCUGCGCGCGUUAUGAUGGGCUUCGAAUUUAAUAACACCGUGAGAAACGGAGCGGGAAGCGUACUUUCUUGCAGCUCCCCUGAGGAAGAGAACACCGCAAAUAUGCCCUCAGCUAUGGCGACUAACAUCUCGUCCGCACCAUCGGCACCCCCUUCUGCUCCCCCCUCGGCUCCAGCUUCGCAUAAACAAGUAGAAGAAGACUGCGCUGAACUGUCUGCACUUUUAUCUUGCAAAACGGCUCAAGUGCAGGAAUCCAAGGUCGCUGAAACUCCCCAGCCGUAUCCAGGACAACCGCUGUAUCCUUCUCUGUGUAACCUAACACCACCUGUGGGGGCAGGGGGAAUAGUGAGCUGGGAUGGGACACUUGCUGUCUCCUCUCAGGAGGUGGAAUGCAGUAACACCCAGGGGGGUGGGGACUGCGGGCAAGGCUCGGGUACGGAUGGAGAAAGAAAUAACGACAGUCUCCGGACCCACUCUCUGCCACAGUGUUCAGACCCAUUGACUCGACCCACACAUCCUUUUACAAGAUUGAGUGCGCAUGCAACCAAUCAGAAGCCUCUACAACAGUCAGUGUAUGAUCAAAGGGAGAUGGGCACAGUGGGAGCGGUGCGGAGCCCGCAGCUUCCAGCUGUGACUGAAAAGGAUAGCGAAAGGAGAGAGGUGAAUCUGCAUUUGGGAGUUAAGAGAGAUGCACUAACAGAUUGUGGGAAGUUUAGAUCUAGCCUGAUAGAGGAAGGAAGAGCACUAGAGACCUUCCUGACAGAAGGGAAUGAUAACAGAGGUCCGGGAGGGGUAUCCCUCGAUCUGAAAGGCAUCACACACCUGAUAGAUUGUGCAGAGAAAUGGGGAUUGAAAUCAUCCCUCACUUUAAAUGCAUUAGAAGUCCUGACAGCAUCAGGCCUUCUCUUUCCUCAUGUAACAAAUCUGAUGUGCAUGGUUCUUAAGCCAGUGCAGUAUACAUUGUGGGCAUCAGAAUGGUUUCCCUUCAGGGACAGGUGGCCAGAUUGAGGCCUGGAGAACAAGCAAUUCCAUACAGCAGGUUUGUGAGAGCAAUGCUCUCAAAGCCUGAGACAUCUGCCUUGUUAUUGAACAAAUGUUUAUCAUUUUUGAGGUACAUUCCAACAGGUACCUGAGACAAUGUUGGUAUAUAUUGGGCACAGAUAGUGCCACUAGAGCUAUCAGCAAUCACUCUAAUCUCUAAUCUCUCUGUCUAUAACUUUACUAGUAUUGUAGGAUGUGGCUUUAAUUAUUAAGUGUCGUGACAUCACAUCAGUUCUUGCAGGAUAAUUACACGGUGAUUAAAGACCUAUCACCUACUCCAAGUGGGAUGAAUCUCGCUUUGGCUUACCAAGGAAGGAACUUGGUAAGGAAGCUUUUGCAACAUGAUGACCUGCACCAAUCCUGAAACGUGACAGAGACAAUGGGCCGAAAACCUUGAUCACCAUUCACCAUGACCCAGAAGAGAUCCAUCGUGUCCUAGAGAGAGUAAAGAAGGACGGAGAACAUCACUUAUGGGAAGUGCUUCUGGGAUGGUCCACCAAUGCGACGGGAAUGUUUAACUCUGUUUAACUCUAUUCAUUAUUCAGUUAUAGUUGUAUUAGGUCUAAUAUUAAUACACUUUACGCUUAUAGUCAUAUUAUAUAUAGAUAUAUAGGUAUAUUACAGAUAUAAGUAUAGUGUGUGCUGAGACAAAUGACUCAUAUGGCAAAUGCCAAGAUGAACGAAUCAGCAUUGAGAGAAUGGAAUAUAUAGCUUUACAUAGAACUCACGUUUAAGAUAUUAGGAUUAUUAGGUUUAUAGGUUAUAGGGUUAUUACGGUAGGGCAAGAAUAUUUUGCGAAUCGGGAUGUAACGGGGCAAGGCUUAACUGAGAGGACAAUGGCAUGUAUAGGCGCAAUGCGGGGAUUUCGGGUUGUACGCGGUUAGGGUCCUCUCAGAAUGUAGUAGUUACGCUUAUGCAUAGGGAGGGGGAAAUGUAGUCGAACAGGGUCGACAGGGGCCCCUCGGCCCCUGGGAAACCA